CUGACGUCUCUGAACCACAAAUAUUUCCUGAUUCAACAUAUUUGUUUACUUCUUGGAUUGGAAAAUAAAGGGAAAGGAAUGGGGGAAAAUUAAGGGAGUGGACAUGAAGAUAUCAUCAUUAUCCGCUUCCUCUGCCACUCCAUCGGUGCUGAAUCUACUGCCUAGCAGUAAUCUCAGCUCAAGCUCGAAUCUUCUUCGACUUCCUCCCCUCCUUUCUUUCCACCCCAAUGUCAGCAGUAGCACAGGGAGAAAGCUAAGUCUCGUCCUCUGCUCCCGCGAGCAACCUUCAAUAUUGUGCGAGGGAGGCGAGUUGAGAGCUCGAGGUAGAAGAGAAAGUUUGGUUUUGGGCUUCAUUUCAGCAGCUGCCACUCUCACUGCAGCUUCCAAAUCCUCCCGUGCGGAGAAUGAAGACUUCCGGGUUUACACAGACGAAGUCAACAAAUUUCAGAUAUCAGUUCCACUGGACUGGGAAGUGGGCACUGGAGAGCCCAGCGGCUUCAAAUCCGUGACAGCGUUCUAUCCACAACAAGCUUCUGCUGCUGCAAGUGUCAGCGUGGUGAUCACAGGGGUGGGAGCUGAUUUUACAAGAAUCGAGUCAUUUGGAAAGGUUGAAGAGUUCGCCGAGACAUUAGUGAGUGGACUGGACAGAAGCUGGCAGAAGACUCCUGGUGUUGCAGCAAAAUUGAUUGACUGCAAAUCUUCAAAGGGCGAGAGUCGAAAGCAUUUGUAUACAGCACUUGGAAUGGCUUCCAAUGGCUGGUACAACAGACUCUACACCAUCUCAGGCCAGUUCGUUGACGAAGAAUCACAGGCUUACGGAUCCAAAAUCCAGAAGGUGGUCUCAUCCUUCAGAUUCACCUGAAGGCCAAGAAUGCGCACUCCUUGCUCCCUGCUUUCUUUUCCAGCUAUCUAUGAUUAUUAUUCAUAGCGCUAUCAGCUGUCUGUUGACUAUAAAUACAUCUCAUUUGUGUUACGUUUGAUACAACUGAACUGAGUAAGUUAACAGCGGCAAGCAUAGCCUUCUCUAAUUUUGUUACAUCAUCCAGUGGAGUGAACUAUCUACUCUUCUUCUACCUUGUCAAAAUACUUGAAACAAACUCAGGGAAUUUUCUGAUACUAUGAAACAUACAUUAACUGACAUAAUCACCCUGUGUUCUCACUCCCUCCGCUGCUUGCUGACCACUUUUCCGGAUUGCUCUUUCGUGCUUUAAGAGGUUCAACUGGUCAUAAAACAGGAU